GUUCAAACACACACACACACACACACCCCACCUUGUGAGUGGUCACUAGGAAAUUGAAUGCACCACUAAAAGGAUUUGAAUGUGUCUUUUGUUUACAAUGCAGUGGGUUAAAUCUAAUAGGAACUUGUUCUUUUGGAUGAUGUUUACACUCGGUUUACAGGAGAUCUAAACCAUCAGCUCACUACUUGGUGCAAAAACACAAAUUUAAAGUACGUUUACAAGUGGAUUUAGAGAUUCAAAUUUGAUUUCCAUCUCAAACCCAAUGGAGAAGGAGAUGAGUAUGAAGAUGACUGAAAGUGAGCAUGUAAUGUUUGAAAUCCCCUGUAGUCGACCGGUCACGGACAAAAUUUCUAGCCAGGCCAUGGAGUGGGUUAACUGCCUUACAGGCAAGACGACCACCAAAAGCUAUGAACGUGAAGGACGUAUGGAGAAAGUACCACCGUUACUCUUAAAAAGCGAGAAAGGUCGUAGAAACAGUGAGUGCUACGAGCCUGCAGUGGUUUCACUUGGCCCGUAUCACCAUAACCAACCUGCCCUUGCUCAAGCGGAGGAGUACAAACUCAUAACACUAGAAGAGUAUAGUUCGAGCACUGGAGAAACUAUUGAUACUUUAUACAACAUGGUGUUUGAGGUGGUACAUGAUGCAAGAAAGUGUUAUAUCGAUGGUUCUACUGACGAUUACAGCGAUCACGAGUUUAAUCAAAUGAUGUUACGAGAUGCUUGUUUUAUUUUGCUCUAUAUUGAACGAAUGCCGUGUGGACACACCAAUGUAUUCUUAAAUAACGAGUACUUGGGCGCAAUAGGGUUUGCGAACAUAAAGCGUGAUCUUUUGUUGUUAGAGAACCAGAUCCCCUUUGUAGUACUCGAUGUUUUGUUGACGUUGAAGUUCCCCAAAGAUAAAGGUGAAAUGGUCCUAAACAAAUUCUUUAAUUACUUAAACUAUGGCGAGGUGAUGAUGAGGAAGGAUAAAAAGGUGCUGGAAUACAAGCGACCGCUUCAUCUUCUGGAGCUUUACAGGUCUUAUUUCAUCUCACUUCCAACUAAAGAUAAGGCGUUACAUGAAAAAUUUAAUUAUGUAAAACGAAAUCGAGCGUUUGCUUCAGUGACAGAGCUCAAAGCUAGAUGGAUUUUCUUGAGAUGUACCUCAGAUGAGUCUACGAGUGACAUGGAAUUUAACUCGUAUUGUUGCUAUGGUGAGUUUAUGCUUGCACGUAGAGCAGUGUGCCCGUAUACCAAAGCUAUAUACCUGAACAUGAUCGCGUAUGAGAUGUGCCCGCAUACCCCAAAUGACUUGCGGAUUUCGACUUAUAUUCGAGUAAUGAAAUCGUUAAUCCUUCAACGAGCUGAUGUGAAGGAGCUGCUUCGUAAUAAUAUAUUGCUUCAUAGUCUUGGUAGUGAUGAAGAAGUGGUGAAGAUGUAUGAUGAGUUUGAAGUCCCGGCAGUUAACUAUUACAUGUUUAAUCAGCUUCGGCUAGGGAUAGAAAAGCUGAACGAGAGCAAAUACAAGACGUGGGUAGCGGAGCUGAUUACCGACUACUUUGGUAGUCCAUGGAAGGCUUUGGGUUCGUUGGUGGCUACUGCUAUUCUGGUCUCUAGUUUUGUGCAGACUUACUGUGCGCUCAAGCCACGGGAUUGAUGAUCACUCCAACGCGUGUUUAUUUUGUUGUUACAAUUUUGAUGCAGGGGCGUUGGGAUUUAAAGACAUGUUCAAGAUAUUAUCUUUUAUUUAUUCGAAUUUCGGUUUGUCUACUUUGUUCGUCAUUUUAUUGUGUUAUCUAAUAUCCUGGUAUGUAGGAAUUAGAAGUCUUAUAUAUGAUUUGGAAUUGAAUUAUGAAAGCAGUAUGUUUUUAGAUUGAA